AUAACUUUGCCUAUAUUCUGGGUCUUCCCCAUCAACCGGCAAUAUCCGCCGUACCUUCUGGCUUCUUUCGCGGACCUCGACUAGGUGGCAUCGCUGCCUCCCAUGGCUGACAAUGAUCUUCCCCAGGCACUAGUCCAGAGUGGGCUGCGCGCGGAGUUGAUGCCGCAGCAUGUGGCGUUCGUGAUGGACGGGAGCCGGCGAUGGGCGCAGGCGCGGGGCCUGACGACGAAGGUGGGCUACAUGGCCGGUACUCGGGCGCUCGAGAAGAUAGUAGAGCUCUCAGUCGCCUGGGGCAUCCGCGCCAUCACGGUGUUCGUCUUCUCGCAAGAGAACUUCAGGCGCCCCGAGGAGGAGGUCGACUGCGUGAUGGAGCUGAUCGAGCUGGCCAUCCGUGACCCUGAUAGAAUGGAAUCGUAUGCGAGGGAAGGAAUUCGGGUGCAUGUCAUUGGUGAUCCCUCAACCUGGCCAGCUUCUCUGCAGGAGGCUGUUCGGGAGGCUGAGGAGAUGACACGGGACAACUCACGGUUCCAUCUGAUACUAGCGACAGGCUACAGCGGGCGGUGGGACAUCGUGCAGGCAUGCCGGGAGCUCGCCGGCAAGGUGCAGGACAAGCGGCUCAACCCGGAGGACAUCGACGAGGAGAUGCUCGCCGGCCACCUCUCCACGAACGACGUUCUGGGAGAGCUCGCCUGCCCCGACCUGCUCAUCAGAACAAGCGGCGAGCUGAGGCUCAGCAACUUCUUGCUCUGGCAGUCCGCCUACACCGAGCUCUACUUCAGUAACAAAAUGUGGCCUGAUUUUGGGGAGGAGGAGUACAUCCAGGCGUUGAAGGACUUCCAGAGCAGAGAACGCCGGUUUGGCCAAAGGAAACCAUCCCAAGCGAGCAACUGAAAUGCAAGGGAGUUCGUCAAUGGUAAGUCGUUGCUUCGAAUUAGGAAACCGAAUAAAGGUGGGCGUAUUUUUUUUUUGCGAAGUGAAGGAGGACUUAUAUUAAAUCUUGACAAAGUACAUCCCCAAAAUAUACAUGAAAAAAAUCUGAAGUUAUCCAGAUUCCUCCAUCGUCUUCUUCCCCAAUGACUUCCCCCGAAUAUCGAAACCAAAGUGCAGUCCUCAUGCUAAAUCCAACGACCAACCCCAAAACAUUGGACAUGCCGCAAGAUCCAACGCUUCGGAACCAGUCCAAAACACAUCUAAAACGCUGAAAGAAUAUCGGCGGUUGCAUCAUCGGGUAUAGCAUAGGAUGCAGAUUUAUCACCUUUAAAU